AUGGCUGCUGAUCAGAGCCCUGUUGCUCGUCGCUUCCUGCUGGUUAGUGUGCCCAGGACUGCGUCGAACCUUUUGCUCAAGAUUCUCAAUAUCUACAAGCAGCCUGGUGUAUUGACCAACAAGCAAGGCGGGUAUUUCCUCUUCCAGGCAUUCGUUGAAGCGACACGAAAGGGCCAGUUGGCCAAGAAUCCGGGAGACUGGUCCGAUGAAGAAGUCAAAGACGUCCAGGGAGGUUUCCAGGCCUGCAUAGACACCCUGGAGGAGUGGUCUGCGAAAGCCCGCGAUGAAAACAAAGUUCUAUUCGCAAAGGAGCAUGCGUUUUGGCUCGUGAAUCCAGCGUCUUUCCAAGAAGCUGUCACUGGCCAAGACGACCCCGAAUUCUCGAAACAGUUCCGCAUCAAGACCGACGCAUACGGACCCGACCACAGCUUCUCCCCAUCUAACAAGACGAUCUUGUCAAAUGAAUACCUGCGCACGUGGCAAAUGGCCUUUAUCAUCCGUCAUCCGGCACUUGCCUGGCCCUCGAUGUAUCGUGCUAUGCAGAAAGUUGCAGCAGAGGGUUUCAUGGAUGAGGAUGGCAUCAAGGGCUCGUCCGCAACCAAUAUGAGUCUACGCUGGUCUCGCAUGCUCUAUGACUGGUGCAUGGAACAACCCGAUCAGCCUACUCCACCUCCCGUCAUCGAUGCCCACGAUCUGAUACAUAACCCCGAGGUGGUCCUCCGACUCUGCGAGCAGACCGGACUGGAUAAGAGCGUGGUGCAAUUCGAGUGGGAGAAUGAUGCUAAGAAGUCCGACAACUGGGCGAUCGCCAACCCCAAUGCCCAGGCGGAAGAGGUCCAUUUCCAAAACCGAGCUGCGGCUAUCAUGCUGUCGUCUCUCGAGGCAUCCAAAGGUGUCAUCAAGGACAAGGCGCCCGCGAACAUCGAUAUUGCCGCCGAGGCAGCGAAGUGGAAGGUUGAGUUUGGAGAACAGGCUGCACAGAUUAUUGAGAAGGCCGUUCGGGAUUCCAUGCCCGACUACGAGUACCUCAAGUCCAAGCGAAUUCAUUCCCCAGGUAAAAUUGGGAGGGCGAGAUCUGAUGAGACGGACGUGAAUCACACGCCAGAGUAG